CCUCACACCGCCAGCCACUUCUCCACUCAACCCUUCACCAGCACGAUGAGCGAGCGCUCGGAGCUCCUACGGCCGCGCCUCGUUGAUCUCGCCGAGCUCGACGACGACGAUGCCGGCUCGUCGGGCGCCGCGCUCAACUGGCCGCCUGCCGCGACUGCGUUCCGCCGCGCUCCGCCGCCCGUCGUCUCGGCUUCUAAGGCGCGCAGCAACACAGCAGACGCUCAGACUGGCUCGCGCUCAGCCGCAGCGACCUCGAGCACCACUCAGACUGCCUCAUCCGCGCCUUCUGGCUCUGCACCGACGCCUCGCAAGUCGGUGCGCAUCGCGCCCGAGUCGAGCAACGAGGUGCGCGAGAUCGAGGCCAACUCGCGUGCUCGCCCCGCAGCCGAGUCUGCGGCGCCGCGCACCUCUCGCUUUGCGCAGCGUGCUGCUCAGCAGGCUAGCAGCUCCAGCUCCCCCUCACCGGGCUUCUCCUGGGCUCCAGGCCGCUUCACGCUGCCGCUCAACGGCGACGAGCAUGCCGCACGUGUGGCUGAUGAGGCAGAUGAGGAAGAGGAGGAGGAGCUCGGUGCGCCGAUCGAAGCUGCGGCGCCCGUCAUGCGUGGGGUGCGGGAGCGCGUGCCAGGCGGAGCAGGAGCAGCCGCACAGCCAAAGGCCCCAGGCGAGAGCCGCUUCGCAGCGAUGCGGCGACUCAAUGCCGAGGGUGGCACGUCGGGAAGCAAGCCGACGGGCUUUCCGGCCGUCUCGCAUCGCGACACGUCAAGCGACACGUCGAGCAGUGCUACAGAUGCAUCGACAAGCACGCAGUGGCUGGACGAAGAUGGUCUACCCAUGAGUGCCUUCCGGCGCGCAAGGCUGCAAGCGGCCGGCAAGGGCCCGCCAGCGCAGAAAGCCGCAAGCGUGGCCAAGCCAGCCGCUCCGGCUGCGACCUCGUCUUCAUCUGCGCCUUCCACGUCGGCGCUGCCAGGCCAGGACAUGGCGACGUCGCAACUCAUGCGCGAUGCAGACGCCGAGAAUGAGCGCAAGGUGCAGCGGAUGGACGCGGCGCAGGUCGAGUCGGAGCUCGAGGAGCUCAAGGCGCACUUUGGCGCCGAGAUGCUGGAGCUACUGCGGGGUCGCAAGGCCGACACGCAGAAGACAGUGUCACAGGCUCCCGAGCUGCCGCUGCCGCAAGAGCCAUCUCCCGCACCGCAGCCCUCUGCGUCCGCGGGCCCGAGCCGAGCCAAAGCAGCACCUGCCUCAAGCGACGCCGCCACGCCCGCCGACAUCCACUCGCGCUACUUUCCCGACGAGCCGGCUGCGCCGUCCGGGCUGCAGUGGAUGCUCGACCAGACGGCAGGCGCCGCAAACCCCGCGCCCGAGCCUGGCAGCACGACGCGCUUCGACUUUGAAGGCCGUGUAGUGCGACGCGGCGAGGCCCGGCCCGGUGAAGGCCUGCACCACCACGGCGCCGACGCCGACGCCGCUGGCUACACAGCCGCCGAGCUGCUGCAUCUUGCACGCAGCACUGUGCCUGCACAGCGCGUCUCGGCGCUCAAUACUCUGCAGCGCGUGUUGGAGACGCACGCUCAGCUACUCGGCAUGCCGGCCGAGGCAGAUCCGGUCGCCAGCGCUCUGGACGCCGCCCAUGUAAGGCAACGCCUCGCGCUCACGGCCGUCUGGCUGCUGCGUGAUCGCCAGCGCAGCGUACGUCUGGCUGCCCUGUUGGCGCUGCGUGCCGCCCUCGCGUCGGCGGCGAGAGGACCGGCACCUUUCGCAGCUGUCGAGGCGCCGCAUCUGCCCGCGCCUGUGCGCGAGGAGACAUUCGAGGUCGCCGUCAAGCGCGACAUCGUUGACGGCACGCUGCGUGCCGGCCUCACUAGCGCCCUCACAAUUGCAUUGGCCGAAGCGCCCGAGCUCUGCGACGUCGCAGUCGACGUGCUCUACCUCGUCGCAAGCCAUUCGCCAUUUGCUGCGCACGCCGCAACCUCAGAAGCAGGGCUGCUCGAAGCGCUCGGCGAGCAUGCUCUGCGCGCACGCGGCGAGCGUGCAAAUGCACGCGCUUUGGAUGUGCUGUUGCUCUGCGCGAGCGCAGACGUCGCCUCUGCUAGGCGAGUCGCUACUGGUCCGGCCUCGCAGCUGCUGCGCUACGUCGCGAUGCCGCCCUGGCUGCUGGAUGAAAGCACCACAGCUCACGCCUGGCUGCUUCUCACCGGCACGCUUCGUCUGCAUGCCACGCUGGCGCGCUAUGGGCUCGGAGCGCCAUUGCUUGCCUCGGCAUGGAGCAACAUCGCCGCGCUCUUCACCUGGGCAACAGCCCGGGCCGCUCAGGCGAUGCAGAUGCAGCAACAUGAGGCAGACUUCGUCGCUGCGCUCAUGCAGCUCGCCGCCGCGUGGACGACUUGCGCUGCUGAUCCCCACAGCACGACGCCUGCACACGCUGUGCAGUGGGCACAAGUCGAGACGUGGGGCGAGACGGCGCUCGAGGUGCUGACUGCCUUGGCGCGCUCAGUGGCUUCCGGCACCUCGCGCGACUGGCUCGCAUCGGCUGGUCAGGCUGCGUGUCUCCUUCGCAUCUGGCUGGCCGCUGCACAGAAGAAGGACGAGACUGCGCGCGCGAGACACCUUUCCGCGCUUGCUUCCUCGACGAAUUCGCUUGCAACGAUCAGCGAGGCAGUCUGCGCAGCACUGCAAGAAGCCUCUUCGUGUAAUGCUGCGCAGCCCUUUUGGCGCCACGGUCAGGCGCGUGCCCUUCGACUCGCAAGGGCCGCGAGUGCAGGCACGGAGGUGGCCCGUCUGUGCAUCGCGGCUCAGCUCGAGGCUCCGCCUGUGCUGGCCGAGGCGGCUCAGCGUCUGCUCAGAAGCGGCGUCUGGCACGAGCUAGAUCAUGAAGGCGCACUCGCCACGGGCUCGGCCGGUGUGAGACAGACGCUUGUGUGCUUCUGCGCCGCGGCAGGCCUCGGCGAGAGGAGCGACAAGACGGUCUCGCCGGCCAUCCUGAGCCUGCUCCGGCCGGGUGACGAGCAGACGGCUCUACAGAUCGUGGAGCAAUAUUUCGCGCUGGACGACGCGCAAGUCCUGCGUCCGUUCAUGGCUGAGAGUCUGCGGAUCCCUCUCAACGCGCAGGGUCUGCCUCACUACGCGCCGGAAGUCGGCUCGCAAGGGGCGAUUGCACGGACGGCGACGCUGUUUCUGGCGCUUCCGCCGCAGCCACCAAGCGAGGACGAGGAGCUCGCCGUGGAGGGCAGCGAAGACGAGCCGCAGACCCGCAAGCAGAACGCCCACGACGUCGAUCCGAUCUCGGGCGCGCGUCUGUGGCGCAGCGCCACGAGCGGUCUGCCGCUCCGUCGCGACUGGACGUUGCAGGCGCUCGAUGAUCUGCUGCACAGCGGCGACUGCGCUGCCCUCAACCGGCCAAACGCCCUGCCGGAGGCGUGGGAUGCAAACGAACGGCAGCUGGUGCAGGCCACGUUGGAGCUCACGCUGCGCAGCACAACUCGCGCGAUGCAGAGCGCUGCCGGCGAGAGUGGCACGGUGGCUGCGUCGUUGCCGUCGGCGUCGGAGAUCCUGCUCGGCAUCUGCAAGGUGUUCCUGCUCGAGGCCGACACGACUCCGAACCCGCGCGCCUCGGGCGCUGCGACCGGGCGCGAUCUGUUCCGCGAUGCGACCAUUGCGCCUCUUCUCGACGACCUCUUCGCGCUGAGCCGGCAGCUGGCGCAGCUGCCUUCAGCUCGCGUUGAUUCAUUGGAGCAGGCGGCGCAGCGCGAUGGCGCGCCCUUCUACCAGCUCUACACGGACCUGCUCGGCCUCUACGACAGCAUCUCAUUUGGCGAUGCGCGCUUCGGCAAGGCACUGCUGGCGCCUCUACCCAUGUCGUACGCGCCAGACUACCGCAAGCUGCUCUGGGGCGACUAUGCGCAUCUGCUGCCGACGCUGCGCAUCGCCCUAGACGAGGCGCCGUGCGAGAGUGCGCUGGGCUUUGCGGCGUACCUGGAGCCCAGAGAGACGGACACCGACAUGCUGCGGCGCUACGCCGCGGCGCUGCUCGGCGGUCGUCUCACGCCGCAAGGCUCGCCGCUGCUGCAUCGCAUCGCCACGCAUCACCUCGCCGCGGCGCUGUGGACCGCGCCCGACGGCCACCCCGACGCCGUGCUGGCGCGCCGCCUCUUCUCAGGCGCACCGAGCGGCGCAGCAGUGCAGCUGCGCGAGUUGCUCGUGCGCUACGACGUGCAGGCUGCAAGGACAGAGGAGGAGCCGACGGCGCAAUCGCCCAGCGUGCCGCAGGAGAUUGUGCGGCAGCGCGAGGAAGCCUUGACGCGGGCGCUUGCCGCCUGAGAAGACGAGCAAUGCACACUGCUCUCGCUCCUUCGAGUGAUAGAAUUAGCGGCCAAAUUGCGAUAGGAGGGAGGGAGAAGGGGAUGGCGCAUUGGCGCUUCUAGUGCUUGCGCAGCGCCUCCGUCGUCGCCUU